CCACCUCCCCUUGGCCGUGUUGCCGCCACGGCCGCCGCCCGCCGCACACCAACGUACUGGGGCUCCCGGCAACGUCUCCUAGAGUUUAGUCUCCAACUGGCUGAGCGUGCAGCUGCGGCAGCGGCGCCUCACCUCUGGCUGCUCAAGUGGCUCCUGUCUCUCCUCGCCCGCCCCAACGAAGGGAGUGUGCGGCGGAGGUGCGAGGUGGGGCGCAGGGAAGGAGGGAUCCCGGGACAUCCCUCCCCUUCUCUCCCGAUAACCACAGCGGCGGGAGCAGCAGCAGCAGGUGGAACUGGACUUGUUUGGUGCUCCGGUACGGCCGCAGGGGACUGCGCUCUGAUGAGCCAAGCUUUGGUGGGUCGGAGCUGGCUUAUUCUCGCUUCCAUCUCCAGCCUCCCGGGGAUGUCACGGGGAUUCUAGAGGAGACUUUCCGGGGCUGGGGAGCCUCCAGAGUGCACGGCAUCCACGAAGAGGGAACCGUGGCGUGAGAGCUGAGCUCCAGGAAGACACGAUUUGUUUUCGUUUUUCCUUUCCACAACCCAGAAGAUAGCCCCUACCGGGGAAGAACCUGUAGCCGGAGCUGAGAUAGUGGGUCCCUUAACGCUGUGGAGCCGGAGCUAGGGAACGAGGCUGUGCCGGGCACUGCGCCGGCCGCUUCUCGCGUGCGCCUCGGAAGUGCCAAAGCUGUCCAGAGUCCCGGGGCGCACCUGGAUUAAGGCAGGGUGAACACGGACUUCCUCUGGGAUUACAUUUCCCUUGUUUUCCUGUGGGUUUCUCUGCUUUUUAGCCCGUGAAGUUUAUUUCUCGUACUACUAUCCCCUCUCCCCGGACUCUUAAUUGACUGCUCGCAAGAGUGAACCUGCGCUUGUAUCCCUGCCAUUCCAGGUUCUCCUAAAAUUUGAGGAAGGUCCCUUCCGGGACUCUUAUACCCAGACCUCCUCUCUCUGCCUUAGAUUUUUGGGUUUGGAGUCUAUUCCUUAGAGCCUAGGGGAGCUCCUGUACCCUAGCCCCUUCCCCCCAGUCCCCAUUCUUUUCCCCAAGUGAGGUGCCUCCUUGUUCUAAUCAGCAUUGUGGGAGAGUGAAGGUUUGGCUAUCUUACCGUUUGGGGGGAGAUUUUGAGGGAGAGGGACUUGGAUCUCCUGUGGGCUUUCUGUGUGCUUGCAAAAAGGGGGGGCACCUCUACCAGGUGGUCUCUUCGCCAUGGCCUUCACUUUCGCUGCUUUUUGCUACAUGCUGUCUCUGGUCCUGUGCGCGGCGCUCAUCUUCUUCGCCAUCUGGCAUAUAAUUGCCUUUGAUGAAUUAAGGACAGAUUUCAAGAGCCCCAUAGACCAGUGUAAUCCUGUUCAUGCGAGGGAACGGCUGAGAAACAUUGAACGCAUCUGCUUCCUUUUGAGAAAACUGGUGCUGCCAGAAUACUCAAUUCACAGCCUUUUCUGUAUCAUGUUCCUGUGUGCUCAGGAGUGGCUGACACUGGGCCUGAAUGUUCCUCUGCUCUUCUAUCACUUUUGGAGGUAUUUCCAUUGCCCUGCAGAUAGUUCUGAACUAGCCUAUGAUCCUCCUGUGGUCAUGAAUGCAGACACCUUAAGUUACUGUCAGAAGGAGGCCUGGUGUAAGCUGGCAUUCUAUCUCCUCUCCUUCUUCUACUACCUUUACUGCAUGAUCUACACGUUAGUGAGUUCUUAACUGAGAAACUGGUCACCAGAGACUGACACCAGCAAAGGGACAAAGGCUUGAGGAGAGAAGGCAAUCGAUACUGGAGAUUGGAUCGGAAGGACCUGGAGGAGGCGGUGGAUUUGGAAGCGGAGGCCAUUGGUUGAACGUGUGGAGGAAAACCAGGGAGAGGGAAAGAGAGAGACCCAGUAGGCAGAAUGACUGGCUUCAGAAUGCAGCUCGUGGGCUGGCUGACUGUGAAGGGCUCUUGUUACUCUGUGUGUUGCAGUGGCUGGCAUUCCCACACAUGAACUGUGUAUCACUCCUGAGGAUCGGGGAGGUGGGGAAAAGCACAAAGCCAAACCUCUCAUGGGGGAGAACUGCUGCUUACCCAGAGUACUCCGGAAAACAGCUCCCUGCAGUUGCUUUUCACACUGGGUUCCUGGUAACAGUUCAGAUGGACUGUGGGAGUGGAGGCUGGGCUGGCUCUCUGCAAAGGGAUUUGAAUGCUCAGAAUACAGUUCCAAGCCAGAGAUGUGGCCUGUGUGGAUAGUUGACAACAGAGAAGCUCUUCUUGUCUCUUCCAAGCCCUUCCGGUGCCCCCUUUGGCUAGCAGUCAUGUGUGGUCUUCCUCUGGGCAGCCUCUGAGACUAAAACUUCCAGGGGAGGUUCAUUUUUUUUUUUUUUUUUUUGUCAUGUUCCAAUUGAUUGGUGAUGGAAUGUUGCUAGGAUUCCACAAUUAAGUUUGCUAAGAAUUCUCUCCAAAGCUGGGUAAAGGAAUACCCCCCUUGCCUUCCCCCCCCCAAAAAAAAGGCAAAUAAGUGACUCUUUAUGGAACUCUGUUCUUAGCCCCUAGUGAUGAUGUAUCCUGUAAAAAUCAGGGUUUUUCAUUCAAUGUUAAUUGGGUUUGAUAUCUCCUUAGGAAAUGUGGGUUUGAAUCUCAGCUUUAUUACCUGUGAAAUUCUGAGUGAACCUCUCCCUGGUCCUCAGUUUCUUCAUCUGUAUGACAUAGAGACCCCACUGUUCUAAUUCUUAGUGCUACAGGCUUUAUUUCCUGUUUUAAUUGCAAAUGCCAUUUAAUUAAUUCUUAAACUUACAAAACAGCCUGAAUAGACUACUGGACUUGGAGUCAGGAAGAGCUGGAGUUCUUGUCUCAAAAACUUAGUAGUAUCGCCUUAUGAAAAACAAUUUCUCUAGGCUUUACUUACCCUCCUUAUUUGGGAAUAUAAGGGAGCUAGGUUGAGUUACUUCUUAGCUCUGAAUCUAUGAUGCCAGAAUCUUUUUACCAUCAUCUAUGACUAGAUAAUUUCUGAGCUUCCUUCAACUUUAUGAUCUCCAUUAGAGUCCAGUAUUGGAACCAGGGAGACUCGGGUUCAAGUUCUACUCUGACAAAUAAAGCCCAUGUGGCCCUAACAAAUUCAUUUACUCUCUUAAUAUUCUAGACCAAACCCAAUUGCCCGAAUCAGAUUAAAAUGUAAUUGGAAAAUGCUUAAUUAAAAAUAUAAUAAAACACAGAUAAUAUUACAUUUACAUUAAUAUGUGGCCCACAGGGAUCCUUAUAUACAGUUUUGUUGAGUAGUUUUCAGUCAUGUUUGACUCUGUGGUUUUCUUGGCAAAGAUACUGGAGUAGUUUGCGAUUUCCUUCUCUUGUCCAUUUUACAGAUGAGAAAACUGAGGCAAACAGAGUUAAGUGACUUGCUCAGAGUCACACAGCUAGUGAAGCUAGAUUUGAAUUCAGGAAGAUGAGUUUCCCUGACUCCAGGACCAGCACUCUGCACUAUAGUGUCACAUGGCUGUCCCAUGUUCAGAUUAAUGGCUUCCAUUUUUAUCUGAGUUUUACAUUACUGUGCUGGCCAAUUCUCUGAAACUCAAAGUUACCUUGGUUAGGGAGUCUCCUGAUCUGGGAGUUCUCUAAAUCCGUGAAAUCACAUGUUCAGUCCCUAUCCCUGUUUAUCAUCGCUAGUCACCUUUUGCUCUGAUGUGAAAACAAACACAACAAAUAUAUUCUAUAGAACUUGGUUAGCAUUAGAUACCUGGAAGAGGACAUUAUAAUUUUCAGCUUAGCUUUUAUAAUGCUUCUUUGUUCAUAUUGUACGAUUUGAUGUAAAGAUAUUUGACUAUUUAGAAAUUUUCCAUUGAAUAUUCUCCCUUUGUCAGAUGGGGUUUGUAUGCAUGACAAAGGCUGGGGGCUUGUUUAAUUGGGCAUAAAUGAUUUCUCUGCUGGUUGACACAAAUAGACUAUUUAUACACGUGCUGGUGCUCAGUUUGAAACUUGUUACUAAGGUUUAUGAAUGGUCUUUGUAUUACACACUAUAUGCUAAGUUUUAAAAAUGCAGUGACAACUUGGGCUUCUCACCUAAAUGCUUGUCUCAUUUUGCCCUCCUCACAGGCCUCUGAAUAGUUUGUAAACUGGUAGAUGGGGAAACAGGUUUUUAUAAGAAAUCUGAAAAAUUUACUGCAAAAUAAAAGAUAUUUUGUUGUGAAAUUUUGCAAGAGCCUGAAGGCAGCAAAAUGGGGUAGUCUGAAUAGAAUGCUAGAUUUUGAGUCAUGAAGAUCCUAGUCCAGAUCUUACUUCAGACACUUACCAGCUUGGUGAGCCAGUUUCCUCAUCCAGUACACAACCCCCAGAGGUUCUUAUGCACAAAUUUUAUUGUCAUUGUUGAAUCUUUUCAAUUGUGUCCUAUUCUUUGUGACCUCAUUUUUGGACUUUUCUUGGCAAAUAUAUGGGAGUGGUUGGCAUUUCCUUCUCCACCUUGUUUGCAGAUGAAGAAACUGAGGUAAAUAGGGCUAAAUGACUUGCCUGGGGUCAAACAGUUAAUAAGUGUCUGAGGCCAUAUUUGAACUCAUGAAGAAAAGUCUUGAUUCCAAGCCAGCUACUCUAUCCACCAUACCACCCAGCUGUCCUUGUGACAUAUUAGUGGCUCCUAUUUUCAUUUGAAUUUGCUGGACAGUUCUCUAAGACUCUUAAGUUGAAUUGGUAAAAGGAAUUUAAUUUCCUCUGAGCCUUAGUAUCCUGAUCUGGUUUUUUUUUUUUUUUAAGGACCUAUUUUCCAGGUUUAUUGGGAAGAUCCAAUGAGAUAUUUAGAAAGUGUUUUAGAAAUCUUAAAAUGCAUCUAUAUAUACACACAGCACAUUUUAAGAGAGAAAGAGGUAGUGUGGUAAAGUAGAUUGAAAGCCAAAUUUGAAGUCAGGAAAACUUGGAUUCAAAUCCUGACUCAGAUACUUAUUAACUCUGAGACUCUAGCACGUCAUUUAACCUUUACCUUGGUUUCCACUUCUGUAAAAUGGAAUAAUAAUAGCACCUACCUCCCAGGGUUGUUGUGAGGAUUGAAUGAGAUAAUAACUGUAAAGCACUUAGCACAAGGCCUGGCACAUUGUAAGUACUCUAUAAAUAUGUUAUUAUUGUUGUUAUUUCAACUUGAUGACUGAGCAAUCUGCUUAAUGUUGAGCCUGCUUUCUCAUACGUAAAAUGAGGGAGCUGCUCUUGAUGACUUUUGAGUUCCUUUCUAAAUCUAAAUCUGUAAUCUUA